AUGGCUGAUCGACGCAGAGGUCCCAGAAGGCCCAGGACGAGGAAUAUGGAGACUGAGCCUGAAACUGAGAACGCAGGUGUGCCUUGGGUGCAGAUAAUGCAACAGAUGCAGCAGCAGAAUCAAAUGAUGAUGCAAAUGAUGCAAGGCAUGCAAGGGAAACAACCAACCGCUCCUGCUCCUACUCCUCAGGCUGCCGCAGGGCCUGACUUUCGUGCCUUCUUUUGGAUGGAUCCGCCAGAGUUCCUGGGUGGCUUGGAUCCGAUGAUUGCUCAUGAUUGGUUGUAUGGCAUGGAGAUGAUAUUUCAGGCCAUUCAGUGCACAGAGGAAGAGAAAGUGAUCUUUGCUGCUCAGAAGAUGAAAGGGCCGGCAGGUAGAUGGUGGAAUACAGAAUCCACGUAUUUCACUAAUCAAGGAAUCCCAAAGGAUUGGCAACAUUUCAAGACAUCUUUCUUGGAGAAGUACUACCCCAACAGUGUGCGUGCUUUGAAGGAGCGUGAGUUUCAGUCCUUCAAACAAGGCAACAUGUCGGUGUCUGAAUAUGCUGAGAAGUUUGAGGACAUGGCUGCCUAUUCUAGACAAGCCGCUUAUGCUCCAGAUGAAUUAUGGAAGAUUGACCAGUUUCUUAUGGGGCUGAAUGCUGAUAUUGUGCACAGUGUGUCUCAGAGGGAGUUUACCACUUAUGCUGAGUGUUUGAGGCAAUGCUAUGUUGCUGAGAACACAUUGAAGAGAGUCCAAGAUGAAAGAGAACAGAAUAAGCCGGUUCGUAGGGAACAAGGAAGAUGCAAGGCAAACCACUUUGGGAGUUGCAAGCCAGAUCUUGUGAAAUGUUACAAGUGCAAUCAGUUAGGACAUUUUGCAAGGGAAUGUACAGCCCUAGAUGUUCCUGAAAAGACUAAAGGUCGUGUUUACACCUUGGAUGCUAGGAAGGCUCAAGGAAACACCAAUCUUGAUGCUGGUACGUGUUAUGUCAAUAAUCAACCCUUGUUUGUGUUAGUUGAUUGUGGAGCAACACAUUCUUUCGUUUCUUAUCAUUGUGUGCGAAGGCUUGGUUUUGAGAUGAGUCUUCUUCCUAAUCCUAUGAUUGUCUCGUCGGCUACUGAUGAUGUAGUAGAAGCUCGAGACAUUUGCAUGGAGUGUUCUAUUACCUUCAAUGGCCGUAGGUUCUUGAUUGACCUCAUUUGUCUACCGCUUAAGAAAAUCGAUGUAGUACUGGGAAUGGACUGGUUGUCAGCUAACUCGGUGUACAUCGGUUGUAAAGAGAAGGCUAUCUUCAUCCCUGCUGAGGAGACUACACCAACCAAUGCCAUUGAACAUCUUCUUAAAGGUACGGUUAACAUGAUCAAUUACCUUUUUGCUCAAGAGAAGUCUUUCCUUUUGGUUCUUACGUCGGACUCCAAGGACAAGAAGAGUGUAUCGGAGAUUCCAGUUGUGUGUGAAUUUUCCGAUGUAUUUCAUGAGGAUGUUACUUCUCUUCCGCCGGAAAGGGAAGUUGAAUUCUCUAUUGAUCUCGUUCCGGGUACCGCUCCAGUUUCGAUUGCCCCUUAUCGAAUGUCUCCUGUAGAUCUAAGGGAGUUGAAGAGUCAGCUAGAAGAGUUGUUGGAAAAACACUUCAUUCGUCCUAGAGUUUCUCCAUGGGGAGCCCCAGUAUUAUUAGUAAAGAAGAAGGACGAUAGCAUGCGUUUGUGCAUCGACUAUCGUCAGCUGAACAAGAUUCGGGUUAAGAGUUCGGACGUUUCGAAAACUGCUUUUAGAAUGAGAUACGGUCAUUACGAGUUUUUGGUUAUGCCAUUCCGAGUGACCAAUGCUCCUGCUAUCUUUAUGGAUUACAUGAACCGAGUGUUUCAACCGUAUUUGGACCGGUUCGUGAUAAUCUUCAUAGACGACAUCUUGAUCUACUCUCAGACUAUCGAAGAGCACAUGGAGCAUUUGAGGAUUGUGUUGUCGGUUCUUAGAGAAAAGCAGUUGUUUGCGAAGUUUAGCAAAUGUGAGUUCUGGAUGUCUGAAGUCAAAUUUCUUGGACAUGUCAUAUCUGGAGGCGGCGUAGCUGUAGACCCUUCGAAGGUAGAAGCAGUGAUAAAUUGGGAACGACCCAAGAAUGUGACUGAAGUCCGUAGUUUCCUAGGCUUGGCAGGUUACUAUUGGAGGUUCAUUAUGGGCUUUUCCAAGUUGGCGUUACCUUUGACCAGGCUUACAAGGAAGGAGGUUUCGUUUAGUUGGAAUUCAGAAUGUGAGAAGAGUUUUCAGGAACUUAAAGAGAAAUUAACUACAGCUCAAGUGUUGGUGAUCCCAGAUCCAAACCGAUCUUAUGAAGUGUUCUGUGAUGCUUCUAAGAAAGGUUUAGGUGGAGUGUUGAUGCAAGAUGGAUAA